AUGAACUUCGCAAAGAAGACGCAGUACAACAUCAAGGUGGACAUCCACGAAGUGAAGGAUCUGAGCUUCCGCGAGAGCGCAAACGAAAAGGAGAUCAUCCCAAACCCCUACGUCCAAGUCACAGUCAAUAAUGAAAGCAAAUGCACGCCGAAGAAAAAUCAAGCAGUGAACGUGGAAUAUAAUACGUCUUUCAAUUUUUCGAUGGAUUUGACUGAUUACCAUUUUCAGCGAACCAGUAUAGACGUGUGUGUGUUUCACAAAUACACAAUACAGAGUGCCCUUAUUGGAAAAUGCUCCUUCGGAUUAAAUUACGUUUACUCGAAAGUGCAGCACUGGCUGUAUAGGAUUUGGGUUAAGUUAAGAAACCCAGACUUACCCCUCGACGAAGUGGGAUUUCUGCUCAUUUCCGUGGGGGUGUAUGGUCCCGGGGAUGCCAUUCCAAUCAUCAAUGAUAGUGUGAAGACAAACAUAAGUGACUCUGUGAGUAGGUCAAAUGCUGCUGGAUUGGCAGCAGGAGGUGAUUCUGCUCCCGCUGCUGAAGGAGGAGAAGAGGAUGACAACACCGAGUUCGGGGCGAACAAAGGGCUCGACAUACACAUCACACACUAUGACCUAUGUGUGAACAUCUUCCGGGGACAGGACAUGGAUUUUAUCGGCAGCAGUAUGUUAUUUUCCAACACAUUGGAGCCCUAUGUGAAGGUAACGCACAACGGGUUCGAGGAGAGUACCAAAGUGAUUAGAAAUGACCCAAACCCUGUGUGGAAUCUGAGCGUACACAUCCCAACGUGCACUCCAUGUUACGAUAAAAAUAUAAUCAUCGAGCUGGUGAAUGGAGAACAUAAUGGGGUAGUCAUGCUGAGCGUUUUGCUAGACUUGUUUGACAUUCUAAAAAGGGAACUGCACCCAAGAUGGUAUAACAUAUAUUACAAUCCGCAGAACCAGAUUGCCCCGAGAAAUAGUCUAUAUAAUCAGAACGUUAGUGCUAAUGCACCUGGUGUGACUCAGACUGGUAAUGCCCCGACAUCGGCUAAUGCACUAGGGAAUUAUCUCUUCUCAGCCACGGCGGAAAAGUUAUUCAAAAAUGCAACACAAGGAAUCAAUAUUAAUGAAAUUUUGGGAGUAACCAAAAUGCAGAAUAUGUUUUCCUACGACGACAAUCUGAAGGAGUUUUAUCUCUACGGAGGAAGAAUCUUCCUCAGUGUAAGUGCCACCAAAACGCAUGCACCAGGACCUAUACGGAUAAAGUCAGCUAGAGUAGAACCAGACCCACCGAAUAAGGAGUUCAUUUUUUGCGCCGACAUUUAUCAGAUAUUGUCUGUACGGAGUAGUCACAACAAGGGGGGAAACUAUAACUCAGAGAAUAUCCAAGGAGGGUAUAACAAAACGUAUGAUGGGAAUGGAGACAGCAUCGUAUGUGUUUGUGGAUUGGGCCCACAUAAACUGAAAACGUCUGUACUUCUACCAAACGAAGUAGGGUCCUACGUCCUGAAUGAGAGUACAGGACGGAUAAAUGAAUUUCGAAUCUUCUUACCACAGAGCAAUACCGAUCAGAUAUAUGACAUCUUCCUCUACAUUUACGUCAAAUCGAACCUUGCCGUGACGGAUUGGAUAACUAGCCGCAGGAGUGUCUACAAUGCAUCUGGUGGGGGAGGAAUACAUAACAAUAGAGACUUAUACGACACAGGGGAUGUAAAAAACGGUAUGAAAUUAAAUCAUAUGAGUUCCAUAAAUAAGCAGUCAGAAGAUCCUUUCAAUGACUCCGAUCUUAUGAGCAAUUAUAAGCUAAAGAGUUAUGUACGCAUCCCUUUUAAGUACCUCCUACUUAAUGAGAACAAGCCCAAAUGGUUCUCCAUGAAAAAUGUGGACACUAAUUCCCUUGAUUAUAGCAUCUCGUUUUAUGCCAGCCUGGUUCCAUUUCAUCUUUUUAAGAAAAGGCAGCAACGAUUGGAAUACAAACUGUGUAGGUAUUUCUUCCGGGCGUUAAUCUACGAAGGGUUACAUUUCCCUGCAAAGGGGUACGACUCCUUUCCAGAUCCGUACAUAAAGGUUGAAUUGGCAGGACAGACGAUAAAGACAAGCACGAUCUUGCACACACUGAAUCCGAAUUACUACGAAGCGUAUGAGGUAGAAGUGAUUCUCCCUACAAAUUUGAACCUCGCUCCGGACAUAUCGAUUGAGGCCUUCUCUGUUAAUAAGACGUUCCUCUAUAACGAUGACGACAUACUGCUAGGUUCUUGUACUUACCCGAUUAUGAAGGUCCCCAUAGAGUGGAAGCGCUCUCCUGUUUGGGUAAACCUGAAAUCGUCUCAGUAUAAAAAAUGCAAAGCGAAGCUUUUGGUCGGGUUUGAAUUAGUCCCCUUGGAACGGGUUCUAGAUGACAGUUACCCUUUUUAUGAUGAUAUCAGACCUUCUACUUUGCCAGGACACGUGUCUCUGUUCCUUGUUGGCAUACGUAUGUUCAAACCGUUAAAGAACCCCUCCGUGACUGUCUGUUUCGGGAGAGACGUGGACGACACAUCUCAGUUUCUUUGGCACGAAACGGUUAGUAAAGUAAUAUCGGGGAAGGAAGGCAACUGGAAUUUUCUAAAAUACUUCUCACUCGAUGUUGCCUUGCCAAAGCGGAUGCAACAUCAUAGUUUUCUCGAAGUACGUGUGGAGGACAGAGAAGCAACUACUGGGUUCACUUCCACCGGAGGGAAUGCCUCCCAGUCAGCCAAGGCAACCAACAAUAACAACUUAAUCGGCACGGCGUACAUCACGCUGAACCCGUUACUUCCUUGGCUAGACAAGUAUGAGAAGAAGGAGUGCGUCGAAUUAUUUAAGUUACAUCUAUUGGAGGAGGUUCUAAUGGAAGAUGCGGAACGGGCACGUAAACCUUACAACAGUGCUCUGGUGUAUAAGAAGAGCUCCAUGGCUUCGAGGAAAAUCACGAAUAGGCUAUUUGACUGUGAGGGAGGAGAAGGAGGAGGUGGCACAGAUGAUGAGGGGCACGGAGACGGAGGGGCCCGAGGAGGGGGGUUCCACGCUUUGUCUUUGAAUAUGCUGGAGGAGGGCGCCUCCGAGGCGGGCGACACACGGGCAGAUGACGAGGUCGUCACGGAGGCGGCGAUGGAGGCGACCAUCGAGCUGGGCGGGCCGGGCUUCGACCCUGAGGAGGAGGAAGAAACCCUCCGAACGGGGAACCCCGCCUGGGAGGACGAUCUGGAUCAUGGCGAUGGGGCGACGGGGGGGAAGAAGCAAGACGGUAAGAUGCAAGACGGUAAGAAGCAAGACGGCAAGAAGCAAGACAGUAAGAAGCAAGACAAUAAGAAGCAAGACAACAAUAACGCAGAGAAGAACCAUGGGACCUCCGCGCAGCCCCACCUCAGCAGGAAGAAAAAGAAGAACAUGAGCAAAUUCCCCAACACGGAGUACGUACCUUAUAAUGACCCCGAUUUCGCAAACGUGCGGAUAGAGGAGGCACUGGAGCACGUGUGUUUCAAGGCUAGCGAAUACACGAGCGAUCCAGCUGUCACUGUGGAGGAGAAUCAGCAUGGCGAAAACGACAGUAACGCGAGCCAAAGGAAGAUAAAGUUAAGAGACGUGAACUUCUUCAAAGGGAAAAACUACGAAGAAGGGAAGGAAAAAAAGAACCAACAUGAGAGUAAAAAAAAAGAGAAAAAAACGAUUCAUGGGUUCAGCGAAGACGCACUAAACUUCCAGUUAUCGAUAGCUGGAGAUGAUGAACAAGAAGAAAUACAGAGGGAUGAGAUGUUAUACGAAUAUGAAGUGGAUAUGAAUGUGGAUGAUUUACCUUACCUACGAGCAACCAUAUUUAGAUGCACCGAUUCGGGCAUUCCAGAAGCAGUAGGGUAUCUCAAAUAUCUGUGUAAUGUGUAUGAUGACAAUACUAUUCACCUGAAAAAGGAGAUGUUGAAAAAAUGCGAAAAUCUGGUUAGUGAAUACAAGAUGACUCGUAAUUUAGUUGUUCGAGCUUAUAUCAUCCAAGCGAGAGGGUUGAAUCCUCCAUCUGGAGCAACAGACAUAACGACCUACGUUUGGAUAAAGAAUAGCAACGAGAUUACUAAUAUCCCUGGAGGGUUGUCUCAUAACAUUAAAGACAUAGGGCAUAUUAAAAGACAAGGGUACAAGCCGGAAUUUAAUAGGUCCUACCAGCUUCUGUGUUCUUUUCCAGAUGAAUCCAUCAUCCAGGUGUGUAUCAUGAAUCAGGGUUCUAUCUCAGAUGAGGUGAUCGGUUACACGUAUAUCGAUAUGGAAGACAGAUACUUCAAUCCCAGGAUAAGACAGCUCAUGAUGGAUGAUAACAUGCCCAUCGAGUUAAGAUCGUUGAAGUUAGAAAAUAGUACCAUCUCUCAUGGAUCGUUAAGAUGCUGGUUUGAGAUUUUCACCGAAGAGUUUGCUCAAAGGAAUCCAGUAAAGAUUCUAUGCUCCAAUGAGCCCGAUGAUUAUCAGCUCAGGCUAGUCAUCUGGAAGGUCAACAAUGUUGCCAUGGAUGAUAGUCCCACCAUUAGCCUCUUCGUUAGAUGCAUAUACACAGAUGAAGAUACAGAAGAUAAGAGAGACACAGACACACACUACAAUAGCAAGGAUGGCAAGGGUGUCUUCAAUUGGCGAUUUGUCUACAAUGUGAAGAUACCUACUAAUGCCACUAACAUCAAGGUGCAGGUGCAUAACUACGCCCUGCUGUCUUCCAGUGAGCCCAUCGGCGAGGCCACGCUCAACCUGGCUGCGCCCUUUUAUCGCGCCAGGAAGAAGCGCGGCCUCUACCACAUCCCGAGGUUCUGGCUGCAGUGCAAGCACCCCGCCCACAAGAACAAGGUGCGCGGCAGCGUCGAGGUCGAGGCGUGCAUUCUGCCCAGGGCGGAGGCGGAGGUCGACCCCGUCGGAAACGGCCGGGACGAACCCAACAAGGAUCCCUUCCUCCCCCCCGUCACGGAGAACAGGACGUACGUCGAUUGGGUCACCAUCAACGAGAAGUUCGGAGCCGCCACGGCGUCCAUCAUGCACGGCUUGAAGUGGACAGGUGUCUGGAUCGUCGUGGCCUUCGUGGUCGUCGGUGUGUUUUUCCUCCUCUUCCUUUUGAAGUGA